AUGAUGGGAUUACUAAAAACGAUUAUCUACGGAGAGUUUUCUAGGUUUACCUCACAACAGCAGCACCCACAGCAGCCACAGCAACCUCCUCCAGCGCCACCACCUCCAAAUCCACCACCUCCCAGGCCGCCACCUCCAAAUCCGCCACCUCCAAGACCACCACCUCCAAAUCCGCCACCUCCAAGGCUACUACCUCCAAAUCCGCCACCUCCAAAUCCACCGCCGCCAAAUCCACCGCCUCCACCGAAUCCACCGAGACCUCCACCUCCGAGUCCGCCAAAACCUCCACCACCGAAUCCACCACCACCUCCUCCGAGAAAGCGCUUCGUUCUGUUUGAAUUCGCGUCGGCACCAUCGUUUAAUUCCUUCGUGACGUCGUCCACUUCAGUCUCGUUCUGA